AUGUCAGGGAGUCUGAAGGACUUUGAAUGUCAUGCUCAGGAGCUGGAGAGGGAGAAGCCAUGGGGAAUGUCUGAGCCAGGCAAAUUCAUGGCCAAAUUUGCCUCCCAACUGACCAUUACCAAGGAGCCGCCCAGCCCAGGUGGAUUCGAGGACAAGGAGACUCCUAGCCCCAUGGCACCAUCCGCCAGCCUGAGCCAGACAGCUGACAUCCACAAGAAGAUCGUGCAGUUUGCCCAGCUCCACCUGGCUGACAUACAGAAAGCGUUUGAGAAGGAGAGCGACGCCAACGGAGCCAUGAACAAGGAAACUUUCUGCAGGACCAUCCGGAAGUUGCUUAACAACGUGUCAGAUGAGAUGCUGGACAUGCUGUUCUUGAAGGUGGACUCGGAUUGCCAUGGCUUUGUCACCUGGCCAAAGUAUGUGGAUUACAUGUUGCGUGAAUUCCGGGGGAAGGAGGAGUUGAGGAAGAGCCAGUACCGCCUGCGCUUCCACCUCCCCAUGGUGAUCAUCCCCCUGAACCACGGCAGUGAGGUUGUCAAGGUGGAGUUUCUAAUCCAGCGCUUCAAGAAGACCGGCUGUUUCUUGACUGUCACCAAGGACGGGGUCCUGCAGUUCUGGACCGAAUCUUUCUUUCUGAUAAGCUCUUUCCAGCUUAACCAGAUCCAGCAGCCCCACCACCAGCAGAUGUGGGUCAUCGACAUGGUGUGCCUGCACAACAUGAACCUUGUUGCAGUCGCCUUCACUGAAAUGAAGAUAGAGUUCUUUGAUAUCAGUAACCACAAAUGUGUCCGGGCUUUCACUUUUAUCGACCUGGACAGCUGUGUCCUGGUCAUGGAUUACUGGUCUGAUUAUCGCAGAGGUGUGUUCUGCUACGGGGACGUCAAAGGCACUGUCACCAUCUUUACCACUGACAAUGUGGCCAAUGGGCUGUUCAACCCUAACAUCCUCCCCAAGGCUUCCAAAUGGGGUCAAUGGACCACUGUCUCCAUACAGAAACUCUUAAACGAGAGGUCCACUUUGUAUAAGACUUACCGACUAAGGGCAAUCCAUCCCAACUGGUGUCAGCAGGUCAAGUUCAUCCCCCAGUUGAACCUGGUAGUCUCCUGUUCGGCCAUCGAGAAGUCCUCUCUGGUGCUGAUGAUAUUGCCAGCCAAAGAGCCUGAGAAACCCAAGCUGUCAGUGCUGAGUUUAAGAAAAGGAGUUCUUUGCUUUGAUUACUGUCCAGACAGGCACUUUCUGGCAACCGGCGGUUAUGAUCCCCACAUCCGCCUGUGGAACCCUUUGGUCUCAAAAAGGCCCGUGUGGCUGAUGAAGGGACACCAGACCUCAGUGACGCACCUUGUCGUGAACAGCAAGAACAGCAGCAUCCUCAUCAGCAUCUCCAGGGACAAGAACAUCCGUGUGUGGGACCUGCAGGACUACGUGUGCCUCCAGUCCUUUGGCGGGAAGAUGUUCUCCCUGGGAAACUGCCCCAUCACCAGUGCCUACUUCCACAGAGACAUGACCCUCGUCUGCAGCACCUACUCCCUUGGGAUCCUCAAAGGGUACUUGGAGGUCCAGGGACCUGUGAAAGCAGGGAAGGUCACAACUCACACCACAGACGUGUGUGCGGUCCUCUACAGCAAGAUCUUCAAGCAGGUGCUGAGUGGCUCCCUAAAUGGCACUGUGAGUGUGUGGGACGUCACAACAGGCAAGAAGAGGAUGGAGUUCAACGUGUGCCGUAACCAGACCAUGGAGCUGACCGCUAUGGCCUUGGAUGAGUCGGAGCGACGCCUGCUCACAGGACUGCGGGACGGCACGAUGAAAAUGUGGAAUUACAACACCGGAGAGUGCCUGAUGUCCUUCCCCUACUUGGACCAACUGGAGAUUAGUGAAAUUAUCCAUAUGAACAACGUGUUCUAUGUGACAGGGUGGAGUAAGAGAAUCACCCAUUUCAUGUUCCACAAGGCCAAGCCGCUGCUCUUGUGCCACCACUGGCAGACCUUCCACACCGAGGACGUCCUGAGCAUGGCCAAGUACCAGAACCAGUUCCUCGCGACCUCCUCCUACAAUGGGGACAUCCACUUCUGGAACACCAGCAUGAUGAAGCCCAUCUUGAGUUUCAAUGCCUCCAUGAGUGCCUUGCCUUUGCAGCCGAGGAAGGUGCGAGAAGCUGAGAAUUGCAUGGCCAAGGACACGGGGCUCGGCAAAGACUGUGAGGAUGAGAAGUGGGCACAAAAGACCCCUAAGAAGAACCCUGACUUCAACUCCAAGGGUACAUCCAAUACCAACAUGAGGCGGAGUCUGAUGUCAGCACCCCCAGUGAUGAGACACCCAAAAUACAAGGAGCCAACAAGAGGUGACCGGGAAGUCCCGUUUUUUAUUUUUCAGAUUCCUCCCGGCAUUGGCAGUUCUGGAGCGCCAAGCCAGGCCAGAAAUGAGCGAACAUUUAGCAAAGGGGCCGAAAUGAGAAAAGGAGAAUUCUGGAGGAAGAUGUUACUGCAGUCCAGUGUAUCAGUGGAGAAGAUAAUCUUCCUGCAGACCAGGCCUCGCUUGCCCCACACUGCUGCCAUGCUGAGCAGCUGCAUCGAUGGCUACAUCUAUGCCUGGUCCAUCCACGGGAAUGGAGGCCUGCUGGGGAAGUUCCCUGUGGACCCUGAUGACAUUGGGAAUGUUGUCGUGGGUGCCAUGGCCACUGAUGAAAAUGACUGGAUUCUCAUCACAGGGGACUGUAACGGAACCAUCAAGAUCUGGGAUAUCAAGGGUUACUGUGCAUUUGUUGGCCAGCGACCACUGCAAGCCAGCGGGAUGAAAAUCUCCACAGAGACGGUGAACAAGUUCCAGCUCUUAAUUCCUCAACAUCUCCAGAUCAAUGUCCCCUACUACCUUCCCCAGAAGGAGGAGGUUGUGGAUGGUCAGACCAUUUCUCUGGUUCCUCCCAAGCUCCUGAUUACCUGGAAAGGCCAUCUGGAAAGUGUGGCAGAUAUAAUGUAUGUGGACAACUUCCAGCUGAUUAUCAGUGCUGGCCAGGACCACGAUGUCAAGGCUUGGAAACUGUCUGGUGAAGCCAUUGGGACAUUUGGCCUUAACAUUUGGAAGAGACUAGAGGUUGUCACCAUGGAUGAAGAUAUAGAGCAGAAAGUUGGCACAGAGGAAAAGACUGACUUCAUAGGCACUACCCUCAAGGCCUCCCUUUUGGAGCUGCAGGAGGUCCAGGAACUGGCCGAGGCCCUGGUGUACCAGCGGCGGGAGCAGGCAGCGCUCAUGGCCCUCCUGCAAGGGAAGGGCGAGGCGGAGGCGGAGGCUUGGGAGAGGCUGCAGAAGAUGGCCGCGGUGUCCCCGUGGGCUGGAGACCACUCUGUGGAAGACAUCGAGGAGACCUGGAACAGAUGGGAAGCCAAGGACAAGAAGGUGAGCACAGUGGUGGGAGCAGCGUAUAAGCCCAGGAGCUGCGCGCGCCCCAGGCUCCUCACCACCAGGGUGCUUCUGGAUGCCACGAAGAACCAGAUCUCACCUCAGAUCUACCAAAACCUGCCGUUCUGUGACCUGAAGCCCAUCCAGCAGCCGGAUUUCCUGACUCACAAGCCCCUGCAGCAGCAGGACCGGCACAUCCGCUGGGAGGCCAGGGACAUGCAGAGGCAUCUGGAGUUUAUCCGGGAGCAGAUCUACACGACUGGGUCGGCCAGCACGCACGGCACCACGACCUCCUCGUCCCCCUCCUUGUCCCUGGCAGCCUCGGCCUCCAGGGGAUUGGACUCCAACCUCUCCACCUCCCGGAUGCCCCCAUCGUCCGUCUCCUUGCUGAGGCCCUGGUCAGCCUCCUCGGCCCAGUAGCCUCUCAACCCCGCCCCAUCCCCCAAGUCCAUCCCGCAGAGCUCAGAGAGCCCCAGCCCCAUUCUGUCCUCCCUCCAGCUGUACCCUAGGCUCAAGGGAGUCACCCUCAUGUCCUCGGUGAACUGGGGCUCUCAUAUCAUAUUCUGA